UUGUAUAUAUAGCAUGAUGUGUUUAAUUUAGUUUGCCGUACUUGAUAUAGAAGGCUGCACGGAAUGACUUUUGACCCAUUCAUGCCAAAACAAUGUUAGUUAUAUUGAAGUUUUCUCUGCCUGGAAGAGUUAAUAAAUAACUGAACGGAUACUAUUACCGUCAGACAGUAUAAGUAUGAUUGGAUGGGUAAAGUAUAACAUCUUCCUCUACUGAUUUCACAUUGAAACCGUGAAGUUGCUGAUGUCGAGAAACCUUCAAUUGGAAGAGAUGGCUGAAGGGAAGUAUCCUGAUGUACAAUCAUCAAAUGGAAAAGCAGGUUUACAUGAAGAGCCCAAAACCGCAGAGCUCACCAUGUUGCUGACUGGAUCAGGGAGCAUUACCUUAGGAAAUCAGAAGUUUCAGCCAGAAAUGAGUGGGCACCCUCAGGAAACACUGAGGAAAUGCAAUGUCUCUGGACGUUGCUUUUCUGUGAUCAACAUGCUGGGCUUCCAGGACACUGAGGUCGACUGGCAGCAGCAGUGGGUCUCCCUCUGUAACCACGAAAUCCAUGCUUUCCUCCUGCUCGUACCCCUGGGUCAAAUCACAGAGAAUUGUGGACUGGAUUGGCUGCUGACGAGGUUUGGAGCAAGAUCUCUAGAGUUCACAAUCAUAGUUUUUACAUAUGAUGAUGCAAAAGAGGACACAGUCGUGGACGACCUGAAGGGAAACACUGUUCUUGAGCUAAUUCUAGAUCGGUGUGGAGGAAGGUACCACACAUGUCAUCAAAGCAAAAAUGACUCAGCUAUGGUCACAGAGCUGCUUGAAAAGGUGGAGGUCAUGCUAUCGGCGAACACGCAACGUUGCGACAUCAUAGACAUGUACAAUGUGGAGGAAGCAGACGAACAGCAGCAAGAACCUUUCACUGGACAUACUGAGACACCAGAAGAGGAGACUCCUGCAUCAGAGCAAGGACAUCAUUCAUCCAGCAUUGAAGACGUCACAUUGGAAGUCAAGGGCACCCAAGUAAGAGAAGUGGAGAGCAAGAGGACCGAAGGUCCCAGGUGCAAGGACACGGAAAUGAAGGAGCUCCUGAGAGGACUUCAGCUACAAGACAAAUUAACAACAAAAGAUUUUCUUCAAAUUAGCUGCUCCUCACUGUUCCAGCAGCAGCCGCGGACAGAGCAAGACCUGCCCUAUGCUUUUCUGCAGAGACUGUUGAUGAUGGACUACAGGGCCAGAUAUGUAACUGUCACAGAGGAGAACAGUAACACAUGCAGUGAAAGGCCUAUCGAUAAGCCUAGAAUCAACGAUGCCCCAACAUCUGCUUUUAAUGCUCUCUUCAGAAAAACGGUGAGUGAUGACGAGAGCAACACAAAGCAGCACAUCCACCCAAUGGAUGUUCAGAUGGCUGUGUUUCAUUGUGCAGAUGAUUUCCUUAAGCAGUACAUGGUUACUAAGCUGUCCCUGUGUCAGUACGCACUGCCACUCCUUGUGAUUAACCCCACUACUCAAGAGAUAGAAUGUCCACUCUGGACAUUUCGGCAAAUAACCAAAAGCUGGAAGUCACCUGAAGACUCCGGUGAAGUGACAAGCAAAGCCAUGCCAAUCUACAAAGCCGCAUUGCCGAUGGUGUCAGUGUUCAGGCUAGGCUCAGUGUCCACUUCCAAGUCUUUGCUGUUGAACGGCUUAAUCAACCAACGACACAACACGUUCUUCCACAGACACUGUCCAGGAAACAGUCAAAAACGCUUGUUGAUGGAUGGAGUUGUGGAAAUUGCCUGGUACUGUCCUUCUGGGAAAGAAACUGAUAAUUUCCGGGACUGUGUGGCGUUCUGCAAUCUCCAUGGUGAUGGGGAAGAAAAUGAGUUGCAGCAAAAGUUUUUGACCAAAUCUGCCUCAGUCAAUGUUGUCUUUUUACCAAACUUAACCCAAGAUAAUAAGGCUUUGGUAACUGUAGAGGAGCUUUUCAGUUCUUCUAAACCUCUGAUAUGUUUGCUUGAUGAUGAUGACAGUGCUGUAACUGAAGUGUCUGAGGGAAAAUAUAAAAUCGGGCUAAAACAUAGAAAUCAGUCUGAUAUAAUCGAGGAACUGACAAAGAGCAUCAGCGAAAGUUUGUCUAAAGCACAUCAGGCCUUCAAACUUGAAGAUGCGUUGCAGACGUCAGGUUUCAGAGUGGAUGAGGACAAUGACGACUGUAAAAAGGGGAAGAAUGUGGGAGAUAUUACAGCUAGCGAGAAAACCAUGGAGGGGAAAAGGCGCCUGCUGGAGAAGUUUGAUAAGAUGACCCAACUGGCUGCCAAAGAAGAAGAGUGUAAUGUGGAGUCUUUUAGUGAUGUCAUCAUUUUUGAUGUAACAAAAGAUGUCAAAGCUGUCGCAAGGCAAGACUCCCAUUAA